GCAAAUUUUCUAGAAAUAAAUAUGCUAUUUGACGUAAAAAUCUGAUGACGUCAUAAGUAUUGAAUUUGACUAGUAGGAAACUAGCCAAUUAUCUGACGGGACUCUACUAAAGCGUUUGUUGAGCCAACUGUACGCUCAUCUUAUGCUGACUUUGAAAUACACGCGCGCGUAGCUUUCAGUACUUUAUAAGCAGGGAAGUGUAGUGGGUGACUCCAUGAGACCAUGGACACCAAAUGUGACAGUGACGAAGCCCCAACGACCUUCGAAGAUGCUCUCGACAAAACAGGUAACGGUCUGUACAAUGUGCUUCUCGUGAUGACCUGUUCCCUCAUACUCCUGGCCAUCGGUAUAGACCUGUUCGGCUUCAGUCUGGUGGUGGCAGCAGCCUGUGACCUCCAACUGACCGUCGUGCAGAAAGGGAUCCUCACGUCUUUGCCUUUUGUUGGAAUCCUCCUAGUCUCCUACCUGUGGGGCUAUGUCUCCGACACCAGGGGUCGUCGCUUCACCCUCGUGAUCCCUCUGCUGCUGUCUUUCAUCCUGUCCUGCAUCAGCAGCCUCGCUCCACACUGGCUGUUCUUAGGACUCGUCAAGUUUCUAUGCGUUUGUUUUGCCUGUGCAGCCAACUCCGCGACUUACACGUUGGUUGGGGAGUCGUGUAUACAGAGGGUGAGGAACCGGUACAUGCUGCUCAUGACCUGCCUCAUCCUACUGUCUCCGGCUGUAGCUGGCAUUCUGACCUACCCAACCUUGAAACUGGACUUCGCAGUGGAACUAUCCUGGUUUAACAUCGUCUACAAACCCUGGAGGCUGCUCAUCGUAGUCCUCGCUCUUCCAUCAGGGAUAGGAGCAGUAGCCAUAUAUUUCUUCUGCGAAUCCCCCAAGUUCCUCUUCAAUUCUGGCAGAAGCGAUGAAGCUUUAGAAGUGCUGAGGCAUAUCUAUAAAGUCAAUCAUAGAGGUUCUAAAGAAGAGUAUCCGGUUCACUCUCUGAGCUUAGGAGACUACACACCAAAGAAGCAGAUGAGUCUCCUCCGAGCGAUGUACGAGCAGAGUGCCCCCCUCUUCAGACCUCCGUACGUGUGGAGGAGUGCCCAGCUGUUCUACAUCGUCGCAGUGGUGUACAUCACGAACAACAGCUUCUUAGUGUGGCUCCCGUAUAUCCUCAACCUGAUCAGGCUGUCAAUGGACAGCGGGACUGCGACGGGCAACAUCUGUGAGCUGAUCAGCGCCAAACCCAUAGCUAUUGGGAAUUCUACAAAGAAUAUUACCCACGAAGUCUGCACGGGCACAGUGGAACACAACGUGAUCUUGACUCUCAUUGCCUCUCAAUCAGUCUUCGCUUUCUUCAACUUUCUCAUCUCCUACCUCCAAAAUAGGAGAAGAUUGGUGCUAAUCUGCAUCCUCUGCCUGUCCUCCAUCAGUGGGACCUGUCUCAAUCUGGUGCCGGAGCCUAUCUCCAGCGUCUUCUUCUUCAUGGUCUUCACCUGCACCUGUUUGGGAAUGGGCAUCCUGGCUUCUUACUUUGUGGAUAUCUAUCCCACUUCUUAUAGGGGUAUGGCAGCCUGCCUCAGCAUCAUGGUGGGUCGGAGCAGUACCUUCAUCGGCAUCAACGUGGUCGGUAACCUCAUAUUCCACCACUGCCAGGUCACCUUCUACUUGUGGUCUCUGCUUGUUUUGACGAGUGCAGUAGCUGCCUGGUUCUUACCACCAGAUAAACCAGAAGUAUCUAAUUCAAGUAUUACUGAAAGGCUGAAGAUGUUGAAGAGCCCCAAAAUAAAAUUGACCGAGGCCAAUGAACCUGAACAGUGUUGAUGCUAAAGAUUAAUCUGUUUAAUUAGUAUAUCUUUAUGUGGACUUAGGGUUGAAAAUCCUGGGCUAAUGCCUGACCUGGAGCUAGGGACUACUUAGCAGGUUCACCGGGGCUCCACCUUAAAGCGAACAGGGUGGUUUUUGGUCAGUAAGAAGUAACACUCCCUUUCAUUUCACCCAAAACGGGAGAAGUCAUUGGACGAUUUCCCUCCCUACAAAAAUGGUUGAAAAUUCUCAUGAAUUCUAUCUGUCAUCAUCAGGUAUCUGCGAUAGUCAGAAAUAAAGAACCUCAUAUUGGAAUUUUCAUAGAAAUUUGACCUCAUAUUGGGUUUUCGGUCUUUUCGAAACCAUUUUUGAAGGAUAUCACUGCUCUAGGUCUCCAUAAUAAUCUGUGAUUUAUUUUAUAUCGUAACAGUUAUAGUGAUAAUGUUUGAAGACAUAUAAAUUGUGAGUGUAUGUUAGUUCAUAAAUAUAAAAAUUAGUCUAAUCAGAAAAAAUACGCUGUAAGCAUCAAUGUGGGAAAGAGUAUGUAUGGAUUUGUAUGGCUACUUAGGUACAAUAGUAUUACUGAAAUCGACAACGUGGCAAUAUUUUUUAUCAUAGAAUAACG